AAACAGAAAAGGAAGUGAGUUAGUGCGAGUGAGAAAAUGUGACAGAGUGGAGCGGAGGACGCUGCAUUUCCCAACCCACUGGACAGCCGCCUCUCUCUGGACACUAACCGGACUAACCUCUGCUGUCAUUUCACAAAGCUUUUUUUGACGGAUGCAUCUGGAGCAGACGCUUUCUGAGGUGUAGAUGCUGAAUAGCUAAGCGGAGCGGGUCAAGGUCUCAGGCGGAGGGCACCAUGUCCCACGGACCAUCGGACAGCCCAAUGGGCGACCAGGCACCCCUCCUACUGGAGAACCGCUUCUCCUCAGACCUCCAAAUAACUGUGAUGGACAAUCAUCUCAGCCAGCUGCAACCCUCCCCCACAUCCCAACCUAGUACACCAGUGGCAGAGCAAGAUAUAAUGGAUGGGAUGCACAUGAGGACACCUCAACAGGUGGUCUUGAGCACCCAAAGUGCAGUGGCGCUGAAGAAGGGCACCCACCAGCUUAUUCCCAAGAAUUUGGCUGUGACCAGCCGGCCCAAGAAUCGUCACCACACCACAGUGGUGACUUUCCCAGUGGGACUGGAGAGCUCCAGUGGGAGCAGGAGCCGUCACUCAACCCAGGGGCCGGACGUGUCCUGGGAGGAUUAUGACAGCGACGGGGAGGGCUUCGCUCUGAGGAGGAACCGCAGGAACAAGUCGUACAGAGCAGCUGUGACCAGCCUGGACAUUGAAGCCAUGGCGAGGGGACGAGGGGCUGAGACCAUGCUCCGUCCUGUCAGAGAGGACAGAGCGCCCAGUCCCAGUCCGGCUCGCAGCCCUGGACGCAAGCGAACCCUGGGGAGAAAGAGGAACCAGAGGCAUGGGGGAUCCUUCAAAGACGCCCCGCCGCGCCUCUACCAGGAGAUCCGUGAGCGAGGGCUGCACUCCACCAGCCAGGAUGAGCUGCUAGAUGACUUUGUGGUGGUGGAGCCUCCCGUGGAGGACCAGGGCAUCGUGGUGAAGAGCUACCGGCCGGCGCAGCUCACCUGGAGCCAGCUGCCACAGGUGAAGGACACAGGCAUGCUGACACGCAUCUCACCUGAGGAGAGGAAGAGACAAGAAGCCAUCUUUGAGAUCAUCACAUCGGAGUACUCGUACCUGCACAGCUUGGGCAUCCUGGUGCGCCACUUCAAGAACAGUGACGCGCUGAGGAGAACGAUGACGGCCACCGAGCACCACCACCUCUUCUCCAACAUCGCUGUCAUCCACAGUGUCAGCCAACGGUUUUUUGAGGACCUUGAGCGGCGUCACCAUGACAACCCGGUGAUCCGGGACAUCAGUGAUAUCGUGCAGAACCACGCUGCCCACCACUUUGAGCCCUACAUCGUCUACUGCUCCAACGAGACCUUCCAGCAGAGGACGCUGCAGAUGCUGCUGGGCAGUAACACUGCGUUCAAGGAGACCCUGAAGCAAAUUGAAAGCAGCAGUGACUGUGGAGGCCUCCCCAUGAUCUCUUUCCUCAUCCUCCCCAUGCAGCGAGUCACCAGAUUGCCACUACUACUGGAUACGAUCUGCCAAAAGACUCCAGACAAGACAGCUGAGUAUUUUGCGGCAGUCUGGGCCCUGCAUGCCAUCAGCAAGUUGGUUGCAAGCUGCAAUGAUGGGGCAAGGCGGAUGGAGAGGACAGAGCAAAUGUACACCAUCCAGAAACAGAUGGAGUUUGGUAAAAUCAAGCCAUUUCCUUUAGUGUCAUCAUCGCGCUGGCUGAAGAAGCGUGGAGAGCUGGCUGUCUGCACCGAGGAGCUCAGCAUCUGGAGGGCUUUCAGUCACAGGAGCUACUACCUGUUCCUCUUCAAUGAUGUACUCAUCGUCACCAAGAAGAAGAGUGAGGAGAGCUUUGUGGUGAUGGACUAUGCCACUUUGGAAAAGGUGGAGGUGGAGGUAGGGGAGGAGGUGGAGGGACGGACAUCGCCGCCCGCCAAGGGAAGCGCCAACCACCAUCUCUCUUUCAGACUGCUGAUGAGCAGGAACAGUGAGGGGAGACCUGAGCAGAUUUCCCUGGUGGCCGAGUCCAGGGUGGAUCGGGCUCGUUGGAUUAGUGCUCUUACAGAGCACAAGCAGACAAGUGUCAUCAUAAAUAAAGAAGGUCUGCCACAGUACGAGGCCACCAAAGCCUACAUGCCCAAGGAUCCAGAUGAACUGGGGCUGCAGCAGGCUGAGCUGGUCAUCGUCCUGCGGAAAGAGGAGGACUGGUGUCAUGGGGAGAGGAUGCGGGAUGGAGAGAGAGGCUGGUUUCCUGCCAGCUGUGCCACAGAGAUCACCAACCGCACCGCCAUGGAGAACAAUGUGCAACGAAUGAAGCGCCUGCGCAAAGAGACCAACGUCUGAGUGACAGCUUGGCUACACUGGUCAUCAGGUGUAUGUGCAAAUGAAAAAAAUUCAAAAAGCAAGUUUGGAGUCCACCAGAUGAUACUUUUAACAACUCUUGUACAGCUUGUCCUGUAAUUUUGUGUAGAAAUGUUGCUGUUAACGUAUUUUGAACUUAGUUUCUGUGGUAAUUCAUGAAUCUUGACACAACCUGGGGUUUUUUUCUCAACCCUAAAUGCUACAAAGUGUCCAAACACAAGGUAACAACCAGUUGCAUGCAAAAAGCAUUCAUCUACUCUCCUACACUGGCCUUAUUGCCUCACCCUUGGAUAAGGAAAGUGUAUGUUGAAUGUAUCUCUCCAGUCAAACAGUGGUACUGUUAAAGUUGCAAUGCGUGAGAUUUUUUCUUUGCUGCACUGUUGCCAGUACAAACAUGCUAGUACAAGUUUUGCAAAUGUGACCAUUGCUAUCAGAAGUGCAUUGUGCCAUUUUUAGGACCGGUUUAUUUCGUAAAAUUUUAAUGCAACUUAUCAAGAUUGUCUAUGAACAAUAAAAUCUAAAUCCAUUUCUCCAUUUAAGCAUGUUUGUAACCACCUACUUUUGCUGUUAUUAAAAACAAUGAGUUGUCUGCAGCACCAAGUAGUUGAUUUUGUUAAAACAUAAAUCCAAAAACAAUGUGUCAAUGUUUGGAGCCCAUAUGAGAAAAAUAAAGCCAACACUCAAGACAGUUCUCCUUUGACUUUUAUUUGAGCUUGCAUUUUGUUAAAAUGUUUGAAUACAUAAAAAGUUAUUUAAAAAUGUCAAACUGACCAGAUAUCAAAUUCCAUUUUUUCUUUAAAAACCAUUUGGUGUAAAAACUUAGGACCGAUUUAGAAAAACAUCUGCUGUUUCCCCAAAACUUUUUGUAGCUGUCACAUAAAAAUAAU